CGUACUGCCGGCCAGGCUACUUCCGGCAGCGCGAUGGCUGGGUUCCCGGGACUCGAACGGAAGUUCCGGCGGGGGCGGCCGAGGGGGAAGAGUGUGUCUGCGGGAGAAAGAGGAGAAUUGCCCAAGCGGCCUCGGAAGCCCCAGGGAGUGGAGGCCCCCGCCGUGGAGCCGUGUGGUGUAUGUGUGGUAACACCAUGUCUGUGCCCCUGCUCACCGAUGCUGCCACCGUGUCUGGAGCUGAGCGGGAAACGGCCGCGGUUAUUUUUUUACAUGGACUUGGAGACACAGGGCACAGCUGGGCUGAUGCCCUCUCCACCAUCCGACUCCCUCACGUCAAGUACAUCUGUCCCCAUGCGCCUAGGAUCCCUGUGACCCUCAACAUGAAGAUGGUGAUGCCCUCCUGGUUUGACCUGAUGGGGCUGAGUCCGGAUGCCCCAGAGGACGAGGCUGGCAUCAAGAAGGCAGCAGAGAACAUCAAGGCCUUGAUUGAGCAUGAAAUGAAGAAUGGGAUUCCUGCCAAUCGAAUCGUCCUGGGAGGCUUUUCACAGGGUGGGGCCCUCUCCCUCUACACGGCCCUCACUUGCCCCCACCCUCUGGCUGGCAUCGUGGCGUUGAGCUGUUGGCUGCCUCUGCACCGGGCCUUCCCCCAGGCAGCUAAUGGCAGUGCCAAGGACCUGGCCAUCCUCCAGUGCCAUGGUGAGCUGGACCCCAUGGUGCCUGUACGGUUUGGGGCCCUGACGGCUGAGAAGCUCCGGUCUGUUGUCACACCUGCCAGGGUCCAGUUCAAGACAUACCCGGGUGUCAUGCACAGCUCCUGUCCUCAGGAGAUGGCAGCUGUUAAGGAAUUUCUUGAGAAGCUGCUGCCUCCCGUCUAACUAGUCGCUGGCCCCAGUGCGGUGCCCCAGCUCAUGGGGGACUCAGCAAGCAAGCCUGGCACCAUCUUGGAUCUGAGCCGGUCGAGCCCCUGUCCCCACCCUUCCUGACCUGUCCUUCUCCCACAGGCCUCUGGGGCAGGUGGCAAGGCCUGGCCUGGCCUGCCUUCCUGGCCUCAGCCGCCUGGCUCUGUCUGCAGCAGGGGCAGGCUGCUUUCUUAUCCCAUUUCCCUGGAGGCGGGCCCCCCUGGCAGCAGUAUUGGAGGGGCUACAGGCAGCUGGAGAAAGGGGCCCAGCCGCUGACCCACUCACUCAGGACCUCACUCACUAGCCCCGCUUUGGGCCCCCUCCUGUGACCUCAGGGUUUGGCCCAUGGGGCCCUCCCAGGCCCCUGCCCCAACUGAUUCUGCCCAGAUAAUCGUGUGUCUCCUGCCUCCACUCAGCUGCUUCUCAGUCAUGAAUGUGGCCAUGGCCCUGGGGUCCCCUUGCUGCUGUGGGCUCCCUGUCCCUGGGCAGGAGUGCUGGUGAGGAGGUGGAGCCUUUUGAGGGGGGCCUUCCCUCAGCUGUUUCCCCACACUGGGGGGCUGGGCCCUGCCUCCCGGUUACCCUCCUUCCCUGCAGGCCUGGAGCCUGUAGGGCUGGACUGAGGUUCAGGUCUCCCCCAAGCUGUCUCACCCCCACUUUGUCCCCACUCUAGAGCAGGGAGGCAAUGGGGGAGGAGUUGUGUCUCGUCUUCUGUCUCCAUGUGGUUUUUGGGUGUUUUUCUUGUGUCCUGGAUUCCGAUAAAAUUAAAGAAAUUGCUUCCUCA